AUGAUGGAAAAUGAAGGGGAGUUACAUAAUUUUAUACACUUUAAACUGCUUGCUCCAGAUGGAAUUAAGAAAUGUCAAAAUAUAAAUAAUGAAGAAAAAAAUGGGCAAACCAUUAUUUUAGAUAAAUAUAAUUCAAGAGACUUUUCAAUUAUAAUGAACAGUUUGAAGACAUUCAAUCAUAUGAAAAUGAAGAGAAACGAAAAUUUAAAUAACCUAAAUAUUUUUUUCAAUAAUAUUAAGCACAACAAAGAAGCCCACAAUAAAGCACUAGCAAUAUUCAAUUCAAGGUUAAAUAAUAAGUAG